CGUUUACACAAAGCAGCUGCUGGGAUCGAAAUAGAAGUCUCGCAUGCAAUCGCAUGUUUUCGCCUUGCAGUGUUUUCUAUGAAAUACCGACCUCUUUUUCAAUAAAGUGCCACUUCUGUUAUGGCGGAUAAACGCUUAUCGUUGCGCUGUCAGACAAAACAUGGUCGACACGCUGUUGAAGGUUUGACAUUGAAUUCAACUGUAGAACACCUCUUGGAAAAAAUUCAGGAGUUAACGAAAAUUCCAGCUUGCUCCCAGAAAAUCUUUCAGGGUUAUCCGCCGAAGGAAACUGAUGUGACAAACCCAAACACGAAACUUUCAACGCUACCUUUUCGCUCGGGAGAUACCUUGAUUGUGGAGGAGGCGCCAUGUGGGAAAAUUGCAAGUAAUCUUGUCACAAAAACUGACAAUUCAGAAGUUAUCAUUCAAAGACGUUUGACAAGAAUAUCAGUUCCUGCAGAUAAUUCGUGUCUCUUCACAAGUGUAAGCUUCCUCAUGGAAGCACCAGAAAUAUCAACUGGUCGAGCACGUGACCUUCGACAUUUGAUUGCUAGAAUUGUAUCAUCAGAUCCAGUAAAGUACAACUCAGCAUUUCUUGGAAAAGAUACCCAUGACUACUCAGCUUGGAUUUUGAGUGACGAAACAUGGGGUGGUGCUAUUGAAAUCUCCAUUCUCUCUAAAGUGUAUUCUGUGGAGAUUGCUGUCGCUGACAUACAAACAGUCCGUGUUGACCGUUUCGGGGAAGCCAUGAACUACAAGAAAAGAAUUAUAUUAAUCUACGAUGGGAUUCACUAUGAUCCACUUGCUAUGGAGACAGGUGACCCUGAAGAGCCACUCCAAAGAGUCUUCUCCACUCAGGAUGACACUGUACUUGCUAAGGCAAUGGAAAUAGCAGAAUCUGCUCGACUUAUGAAACAUUAUACUAACUUGUCUAAUUUCAAGAUGCGUUGUAUUGUCUGUAAUACUGGCCUAACAGGACCAGCUGAAGCCACUCUGCAUGCAUCUAAAACUGGACAUACCAACUUUGGAGAAAUUUGAAAGUAAUCAAAUCUUUUUUUAUAAUGUAUAUAAUCUGAUAACUCUGUUUUAUGAGAACAUUUAAGGAGUCAGAUGCUCCACUAUUCUUAGUAACUGUUCCUAUCUGUGAUGAAUAUAGUAUUUUAUACAUGUAAUUGAAGUCAAAUGUGUUCAGUUCUUUCAUUUUGUGUAUUAUAAUGCGUAUUCAUUUUAAUUUUCAAUUAAUAUACACAUACACCUUGAAGCAGGUACAAACUUAUUUUUAUCAUGGAUAUGCAAGAGUGUGUGACAAAAUAAAUGCAAUACAUUUCUGGUUUACUUAGUGUUCGUAGGUGUUUGUACAUGCAGUAACAUAAAAUGUAAAUUUUAAACAAUUAUGAUUCAUAUAUGAUCUUCCAAAUACUAGUACAUUUGUAUAUCAGUAAGUUUGUUGUCAGAAUGUGUAUAAUCGUGCAAUGUUUUCUUCAAUGUUGUAUAAUUUAUAUUUCAAAAGUGAAAA